AUGCCAUAUUAUUUACAAUGGUAUUCAGAUUAUUAUCAUCCAGCAAAUACUAUAAAAAUUUUAAGAAUAUUAUUAAAUGAACUUACUAUAUGGAUGACAAAUUGUCAUCCCGAUACUUAUUAUCAAUGUUCACCUCAACGUGCAAAAAUGAUUCGUCAUCUAACUUAUCUUUUUGUUCGUCCUCUUAAAUCUGAAUAUAUAAAUAUAUUAUGUCAAGAUUUUUAUCAUGAUUAUUGUAAAUUAGUAUUACAUUGGGCAUCAAUAUUAUGA